AUGGUGACGAGAGACACUAUCUAUACCGCUAAGGGACUUCUAACAUACGCAGAAGUUGAACAGUACGUAUUUCGACCAAACAACUACAAAAUUGUAAAGCCGACAUUCCCAAUUCCUGAGCUCGAUUUUAUCACAAAGCCAACAUGUGAGCAGGUAAUAAUGCAUAGAUGCGGUAAAAAUUUUGUUAACAUCAAGUUUAAAGGUGUUUAACG